GUGCGAAGUCCUGUUGUCACUUUCUUUUCUCCACAUCUCUCCGAGAGCCAAACGAAGACCUGACGUCUAUUUUUUACCUUCAUCUUGAUUGGCUUUCGGAAGGGUGCCUGGAAGAUUGGAAUCAUGGAUGUCUCUCUCCCGUCUCCACCAGGUGUCAGUGCUCUACGCGAGUCAUUUGGUGAUAGGAAACCCCCAGACAUUACUCGCAAGAUUACCGCCUGUGUUGCAUGUCGUAAACAGAAGGUAAAAUGUCACAUGCGAGAUGGCCAGACUCCAUGCUCUCGAUGCAAGAAAAGAGGCUUGUCCUGUGCGGUCAACCGGAGUUUACAAAUGUUGAUGGAAGAUGAUGCAACGUGGAAAGAUGCAGUGUCACAGAAGCUACGAUGGCUGGAAGAGACCAUGGCUCAGGUUGUGACGAAAGUAAGCCUGCCAGAAGUGCAGCUUCCAGCCCAAAAUGAUGCAGAUUCGACCACCCCAGCUGCAGUAAAUGCAGGCCCAUCUACUCAAAGCCCAGAAUCCUCCAUUGAAAAUAGCGAUGAGCAAGCACAAGCAUGGGAGAUUGUAAUGGAUCCUCGAGGUGGUCCAGCUUCGAUUCCAGCCGCAUGUGUCUCCGAAAUUCGGGGGACAGCUUCAUCGAACGAUAUCCCUUCAGGCAGUCCAGACUUGAUUUCCAUUGGGAUCCUAUCCCUGCACCAAGCGCUGUCUUUGUUUGAUAUAUAUAAUCUACGGCUAGACCAUUUCUUGUAUCGCAUUUUAGGAGAUCACACCAGCCUAGACUCGGUGCGAAGGACGUCCCCACUAUUAACAGCUGCCGUCUGUACAGUCGGAGCUCUACAUUCGCAGUCCUUGAGUCAUCUGUUUGAUGUUUGUUACCGUGAGUAUAAAGCUCUCGCUGCAGCACAGACAUUCUCCACAAAGGUCAAUGAUGAUGACGUACGGGGUCUAUGUAUUGGUGCCUUUUGGCUGCAUGAGCUUUCAUGGGCAUCGGUUGGAACUGCCGUUCGAAUUGCAUCCGAUAUCAAACUCCAUCAUGGGAUUUAUAAAGCUCUAAAUGGUGAGCGGAAAGGGUAUCUUCGUGCCCGGUUGUACUAUCUUGUUUAUGUAUGCGACCAUCACUUUUCAGUUGCCUACGGCAGACCUCCAAUGUCCCGUGAGGGAUUCAUUAUCGACUCUGCCAGCCGAUUUCUCGAAAUUGAGCAUGCGACAGAGGAUGAUGCUAGGCUGAUUAGCCAGGUCAAGGAAUGGUCUAUUCUGGGCCAGGUCUUUGAUACAUUUGGCGUUGAUGUUGAUACAGCCAUUCCUCUGCAGGAUCUUCCCCAGCUUCGCAGAUAUGCAAUUGCCUUAGAUACAUGGCAUGCAGAUUGGAGUGAAACAUUUCGGUCGAGUAAGAAUGUUGGAAACUAUCCCCAGAAGGGCGUUGGUUUCCACUUUCACUUUGCAAAGCUCUAUCUCUGCUCACAUGCAUUCAGAGGUGCACCCACGGCACAAGAUUCUUCGCAAUGCUUAACACCUGAAAUGGAGGAAAUUGCCAAUACUGGUGUAUUGUCCGCCAUGUCCAUCCUCAGGGUUAUUGUAUCAGAUGGAGAAUUUCGAUCCUUUUUGAAUGGCUUACCGCUCUACUUUGACACCAUGCUUGCAUUUGCCGUUGUCUUCUUGCUUAAAGUAGCAACGAAGUAUGCAACUGCAAUCCGGAUUGAUACUACGAAGAUUCUGUCUCUCGUUUCCCAAACAGUCAUCGCAUUGCGUGAGGUUACCCGAUCAAUGCACCGCCAGCAUUUGCUCGUCGUAAUUGCCGGAGGGCUGGACAAAUUACUAUUGAAAUGUCAGGAGCCAGUCCAUAUGAGCCAUGAAACAGCGCCUCAUCCGUCUCCGGGCCCUGAGCAUCUGUCGCUUAAUGACAUGACCUGGAUGGAAAACAUGACCAACUUUGAUUUUCUAACCAACUCUUCGGAUUUUGAUAACUGGUUACUCCACUACAGUACAUCAAACGGGCCUUCUUACAGCCAACAAUAGAUAAAUAUCAAGAGUGCCAGUUGAGCACAAGAUCGAAAAUGUCAUAGUUUCUCCAACUCCUCAACUCGGAAGCUCGAAGACUUUGCACCGGCUUGGACAUGAUAACUGGAAUAUUCUGCUCGCUCAGACCACCAUGUGAGCGUAGAGGGUGGUCUUUCACUUUAGAUAGGUCGUGUUCAGAUUCGCGACUUCCGAUGACUGCAUGAGACUUUGAAAUGACAACGAUAUCGCCUUCCCGGUCUAAUGGCAUUUCAUACUUCUGUGCUGCUUCAUUUCCGCCCAGAGCAUUCUCGAUAUCCGGAAGUGACUGGCAAAAAGAGAGCAUCGGCUCGAGCUGUAUUGAAUCUUUGAGGUAGACCCGAACAAACGAACCAAGAGCACCAUGAUGUCGAACAAAUGGAUCUGUAAUGGGGCAGAUGACUCUUGAUGCACCAGGGC